GGCCAAUCCCACCCAGAUGCUGCAUCGACCGUGACGACGAAGAAAGCCAGGUGACAGUAUAAGUAAUAUCUCUUCAUCCACUGCCUUUGCUCCCUCUACUCUCCCGGUCUCAUACUAUCAUCUUGAGCGUUGCCUACACAUCGCAAGGCUACAAGCAACUUCAAGUCGAUCCCGACGUCAACCAUCUACCAGUUCAUCCCUCCUGGUCAUCUUCGCUUUAUCAGUAUUUUUUUGAAUUGUUAGAAGAUGGCUGAAAAAGGCUCAACGUCGCUCAUGGACGAACCAAACCCACCAAACCAUUCUCAGCCACCGCUCUCUCCCGCCAGGACGGAAAACAGUCGAUCGAACCGAGUCUUUACGCCCCGCUCUUCAACCUUUCCAGAUGACUCUGAUUCUGAAUUCGAUCUUGUCGAACACACACCACUUCACAGCCCCAGUGGCCCUGACUAUGAUGACUUCCCUCCAUCAUACGAGCAGGCGCAGGCUCAAGCACUCGAGCAAGCCCGAAAUGGCCACCAAGCCCCAAAUCCAAACGACCUUCAGGUGCAUAGACUUGUCCUUGAUCCUGCUGCGGAUCCAGACUACUCGAUACCGGAGUCAGCGCCACUUCAACCCACCAGGAAUGCAGAUGGGCUAGGUAGUACUGUUCCAGUCGUGGAAAUUCCCGGAAGCACUCAUAUCCCUGUUCAUCAAAUUCCCAGCUCGCCUCCUGAUCCUUCAGCGGUGCUGCUGAACCGAGCACUGGAGUUCACUCAGCAUGCCCCGGAUGCAGACCUUCAAUACGCUCCGCGGCUCACUCGUACGAUCGCAAUACCACAAGAGGACCUCUCACCUCCCAAUCCUGCCAACUCGACCACCCCUCCUAACCAUGGCGGCCAUCAUCACCAUCGCGGUCGGCGAGGUGGAUCACGCGGGCCUCGUGGGAGACAUGGCCAUUGGCAACAGCCUUCCAUGCGGGACCCAUCCUCCGAGACCCUAGCUGCAGGCCAGGGACUCGCUUCAACUCAAUUUCUUCGAACUUACGCCAAAGCAUUGCACACGCACUCAAUUCGUCCCGCUGAGUUUGCCUCCUUCCUCGACGGCCUCAACGUUUUGUGUACUACUACAGCAGCAACGCCAGAAUCUCUUCUCUCCAAUUCCACUGGCAACACCGCCACUCCAUCUACUUCACUCGUGGACACCUACAUAGCUAGGUGCAACGAGGCCUUCUUCGCCCCCCGAGGCCUGCGGAUCCGCCUUUCAUCGCUCUCCUCCCUUAUCUCAUCCCUCAACAUUCCCGCAAACCACGGCCAAAAAGCUGCCGCGAUAGCUAGCGCUCUCGACACCUCUACCAAUGCCUCUCAACACGCACACGCGCUGUACCCCUGGAUUGAGCGUCUGGAACUCGAUAUCCCCGAACCUUCAGGUUCGAUGCUAGCACUGCAAGCGAUGGGCGAACGGGUGAGGACGCAGACGGAGGCGUCGUCAAGAGCGAGUGUGGAUGAUGCGGAUUUCUUUGUCAGGGGCCCUCCCAUCGGUGAGUUGAAUCUUCCGGCCCCUCCUGUCGCUGGUUUCCACCACGCAGGUCCUCCCGUUGCUGGCUUCCACCACGCGGGUUCUCCCGCUGGCAGCUUCCACCCAGCUGGCCUUCCAGGCGUUCAGCCUUGUAGACGUGGUGCAUUCCAACCGUGGGGCGGUCGUGGUGGACUUGGCCAAGGGCUUGGACCAGGUCUCGGAUUUGGGGCACCUGGCGGGCCACCAUGGAUGGGCGCAGGAUCACCGUGGCGAGGCCAAGGACCAUCAAUGAGAGGCCAAUGCUUGCCCGGCCGAGGCGGUAUGCCAUUCUUCGGAGCCGGUGGACCGGGUGAAAGGUCGGGGCGUGGGGGGCCACGAGGGCAGCAUGGAGGAGGACAGUCCUGGGGAGAGUGGGGAGGGGAGAUGGGAAAGAGGUGGGGCCAGUGGGGAGAAAAUUUUGGGAAGGCAGCAGAGGUGUGGGGAGUGAACUUCGGAAAGAGAGCAGAAGAGUGGGGUGAGGAUAUUGGGAAGAAAGCCGAAGCUUGGGGCGAAGAUAUUGGGAAGAAAGCCUCCGGCGGGAGCUCCCGGCUAAGGGACCGUGCUCCCAACUUUGAGCAUGGUCAACCAGGGACGCCGCCAGUGGAUCUCAGUAUCCCAACGCCAGCGGCUGAGCCAGGGCAGAAGACAGGCGUUGUAGGCUCUGAGGCCCCCACAGCUCACCCUCUCAAGAAAGGAACCGAGGAUGAGGAUGAGGAUGAUGAUGAUAGUAGCGAUAGCGACAGCGACAGCGACUCAUCAUCAUCAUCUUCCGAUGACGAGGAGGAGGACCCGGAGGAUCUCUUCGUGAAUCGAGUCCGCGAGAUCAACGAGAAGGCUGCUUCUGCCGCCGAGAAAGGGAAGAAGUCAUCCGAAGAGAUAUCCCGAGAGCGAGAUGCGGCCAUCGCCAAAGCACAAGCGCAAAGAACAGCACUAGAGCUAAAGAUUGAGGGGAAGCGUGAAAGGUGGGCUGUUAAGCGGGAACUGAAAGCCAAGAAGCGCGAGCUCAAAAAAGAGCUCAGAAUAAGGAAGAGAGAACUGAAGGCAGGAGGGAAGCUGGACCGUGGGGCAAGAAGAAAGAUGAAAGAAGAGUUCGGUGCGAAGAAGAGGGAGCAUAAGCAGCUCAAGCAGGAGAAGAGAAAAGAGUGGAGGGAUAAGAAAAGGGAACGGAAGUGGGGUAGGAAGGGGCCUUGGACUACUGGAGGAGAGGAGGCCGCGGAGAAGAUGGUAUGGGUUUUGGUGGAGAACUUGGUUGAUUGAUUCGGGUAUUGUCCUUCUACGGUUGGGGUAAACAUCUAGGGAGUUAGUAUGCUGGAUACGUUCGUUAUGAUAUCUAUGAGGGAAAAUAGGGAUGUCACUACUCAGACUUUCAUGAUGCCUGCAGACACACUAUUAAAUAUACUGGUCGAGUGCUCACAUCGCUUUGAUACAUCCGAUCUAUUGUAAUCUAAGAUUAGAAGGAUACCCUGGAGGGAUUCAAUUAUGAA